ACAAAUAAUCUACGAAUCUGAAGCAAGUGAUGACUGCUUACAAAUGUAUACAAAUCUACAAAGCCAGAGAGACAAUUCAACGCGCAAACAUAACAAAGUUUGAGAUCCGGCUUCACGACCCUCUGGCAGUAUACUAUGCCGGACAGACCAUAGCAGGACAGGUGUUUCUCGAAUUAUCAGCUGAGCUUAACUUCGGUGCCAUUACCUUGGAAAUGCAUGGUGACGCCAAUGUAAGUGUAUUUACAGUUGCUUGGACAGAGGAAGAGGGAAGUAGAGACAAUUUGCGCACAAUUCACUAUAAAAACUCUGAGACCUACCUUAACAUAGAACAGUAUCUCAUCGGGGACGGCAAAGAGGAGAGAAAGCUUCCGGCUGGAUGUCACAACUUGCCCUUCUCUAUAGCUCUUCCCACGAACAUACCCGCCACUUUCAUUGGAGAUCAUGGGAGGGUCCAGUAUAACUUGUCUGCUAAAAUUGAUAGAAGAACACGAUUAGACAUUAACCUUGAUGUCACAGUUGUGUCAUUGCUCGACCUCAACCAGGAUCCCAGUGCAGCAUCGCCGCGUACCAUCAGUGGGAGUAAGAAGUUUGGAUUUCUCUGCUGUACUUCUGGUCCACUCAGCGCUACACUCUCCUUCCCCAAGCUGGGGUGGGUUGGUGGGGAGACCAUCUCCUUUUCCGCUAGUAUAGAGAAUCUUAGCAACAAGGUCAUGACCAAAUCAACGAUACAGCUGAUUGAGCGCGAUGUUUUCAUAUCAUCGUGUGGUCAUCAGCGGACCGUAAACAAGACAUUAUUGACCGACCAGAAGGGAAUGAUUGCACCGGGUGCCAGUUUCACGUGGAUCUGGAGUGAUGUCGAUCUCCUCCUACCACCCCUCCUCCCGCCCUCCCACUUCAUCCACUGUAACAUCAUAGAUAUAAUGUACAUUGUGGUGCUCAGUGUGCAUCCCUCAGGGAUUGGGUCAGAUCUGAACGUUCCGGUGAUCAUCACCAUCGGUACAAUCCCACUUCGUCAACAAGAACAGGUGCAACACAUCAACCUGAGCCAAUACCAGCCGGACGCAAAUGCAUCGCCUCCAGACAUUAGUGCACCGCCUCCAGACAUUAGUGUACCGCCUACAGACAUUAGUGCACCGGCUCAAAACGUUAAUGCACCGGCUCCAAACGUUAAUGCACCACCACAAGACAUUAGUGCACCACCACCAUACAUUAGUGCACCGCCUCCAGACAUUAGUGCACCACCACGCGACAUUAGUGCACCGCCACCAGACAUUAGUGCACCACCGCCCAGCUAUGAAGAAGUGAUGCACGGUGGGGCGGCGAUGUAG